AUGACCUUCAAGCUUGCUUGUGCCAAAAUUCUGGUCGCCACCCUCGUGGGUCUCCUCGCGAUUCAGCCAGAAAUUCAGGCCGAUGAGCUUGCCAAUCAAGAGCAGCGUGAGAAAGUCUCCAUGCACUUCGCCAGACAAGUGUUACCCUGAACUCAUUCCUGGUCCCCCGUUUCGCAGGCAUCUAUCCGGAGAAAGACCUUUCGGACGCUGACAUCGUGCGCCAUUGGAAAGCCUGCUGCCGUGGUGUCGGGGGAAACUUGGCCACUGGAAACGCUCUACACAGAUACCUAGGCACAAAGGCUGAAGGCUGGUACGGAUGGUGCACAGAUGAGUGAGUUGCGCCGGGUCUCGACAGCAGAUUUGACACGUGCUCAUCACGAUCUGCCGCCGUGUUGGACGUACAGAGAUCCAAAAAGUACUGUUCUCGAUAGGACAAGCGAUUGCAGGAACUGCAUCAGCUGGUAA